UUUAGGAGACAAGCCUAGGGCUCCCUUCGACCCGCCUACCGCCCUUCUCCAAAACUGCCACCAUCCACCCAGAACUGGGUCAUCAUCACCUUAAAUUACAAAUUUCCAAAAAAAAAAAUAAUAAACAGAAGAAAAAACAAAAAUAAAAAACUUUGAGUAGAGUUAGUAGUACAACCCUGGCCCAUGACGUCACCUACUCUUUCUCCUUUCUCAAAAGUGGCUGGCCCAACCAAUUCUAUCAUACACACUAUUCAUUUCAUUCUUUUUUUUUUCUCUUCUUCUUCUUGUGCUGUUUAGUGGUGCUCCAUUUGCAAUGUUUGACACUUGAUCAUCCCAAUGAUCACCUCCUCCACCCACCUACCCCCAAAUUCCUCAUGCUCCUCCUCGAUCCUUAAUUCCAUCUCCUCUCCGUUUUCUUGAUUAAAUCCUACGAAAUCCUGGCAAAUUUCCAGCCUUUCUUUCUGCUGAAUUUCGCUUGAUCCUGAGCUGAGCUGAGCUCCGGCCACAUGGUGCGGGAGCUCAUCGCCGUGGUGGCGCGCGCGGCGCUGCAGUGGGCGCUGUCGUCGCUGCUGCUCGCCAACGGCGCCGCCUUCUGCCUCAUCGCCGCCGCGGCGUCGUGGCUCCGCCUCGGCCCGCCGCUGUGCCUACUCUGCGCCGGCGUCCACCGGCUUCUCUGCUCCGCCCCCGCCGCGGCCGACGCCGACGACGCGCGCGGCCAAGAACGCGCGGCGUUCCGACGACUCCUCUGCGACGCCCACGUCGCCGCCAUGGCCGCCUCGGAGCCGGAGAAGAAGAAGCAGCAGCAGCAGCCGGAUCAGCAGAAGAUGAUCUCUGCUUCUGAUGGAGAAGAGAAGAGAGAUGCAGCAGAGGUUGAAAUUGCAGACAAACCUGGAGGUAUGGAGGGUCACCGCGUCGUCUCCAUCGGCAGCGAGAUCUGCGAGCAGGACCACGCCGGCGGCGACCAGCGCUCCACCGCCGGCGAAGAAGGCUACGGCGACGGCCCUUACGUCUCCCUCUUCGAGCUCGCGCCCAUUGCGGCGCGCGCCCCGCAGGACGAGGACGGACACGGCAAUGCCCACGAGGUGUUCGACGACCUGCCGGCCGAGCUGCGGCGCGACGGCGACGGCGCGCUGACCGUGGGCAGGCUCGCGGCGGCGCUCCGGGCGCAGCGGAGGGAGCUGGACGCCGUUCGCGCGGAGCUCGACGGCGAGCGGCGCGCGUGCGCGGAGGCGGCGGAGUACCAGCGGCAGCUGGAGGAGCAGGGGGAGUUCGACCGGGAGGCGGUGCGCCUCGCCAUGCAGCUCGUCCACGAGGCCGAGACGGAGAAGCACGCGCUGCAGCGCCAGCUCGACGCGUUCCGGGUCAAGGCCCAUCUCUACGACUACGAGGCCGCCGCCACCGCCGCCGCCGCCACGGACCACGACGCGGCCGGCGACGGCGGCGGCGGCAACAACUACCAGUCGCUGGUGGACUUCUUGCCGGGGUCGGUGUUCUCCUCCUCGCCGGACCUGGCCAACCUGCUCAAGCUCUACACCGAGGGCAAUGGCGGCGGCCGUCGACUGACCGACGCGCCGGUGCCGGUGGUCACCGAGGUGGUUGAGGAAGAAGAGGAGGAGGAGGAGGAGGAGGAGGAGGAGGAGGAGGAGGAAGUCGCCGUCGCGGCCAUCGGUGGCGUGGAUUCGAACGGGAACGGUGAUGCUGCCGCCACCAUCGCCAUCGCCGGCGAUUCUUUGCAGGAAGGAAGCAGUGAUCACCUCGAACCCACAAACGGUGAAUUGUGAAUCUUGGGAUUAAUACAACCUUGUCAAUAUAUACAUAUCAUGUAAUUAUAUUUGACUAGCAAAAGUGCCCGUGCGUUGCACCGGGUGAUUACAGAGUGUGUAUAUUGACCAAAAGUGUUGUUUGGUUUAGCAAAAGUGCCCGUGCGUUGCACCGGGAAGUUUA